GGUUUGAUUUUCUCAUGUUUCUCCGAUGAAAAAAUCUUAACCCUUAAAUCCACUUUUCCCUUUCGUUUACUAUCUCUCUCCUAACAAAUCAAAGGCUAAAAAUCAACGAACUCUCAUGUCAUCGGAGAGAAUCCUUUCGGCACAAAAAAAUUAGAGAAUAGAAAUAAGUUGAAUUAUUCUAAAACAUAGGACCAUAUUGCAAAAACUAAAAAUUAAGAACACAUGAUCUAUGAAUGAAUAUAUAAGAAAAACACCAACGUUGGCAUUCACGUUUGCAACUCUCUCAGAUCUCUUUCAUUCAUUCAAUCAUUCACUGUCAGCAGCUGAAGCAGCAGAAGAAAAUGGGUCGCAGUAACAAGAACUUGGUGACAGAGGAUCACACUAUUUCUUCAAUGCUUUUCAUCACUAUGAGCAUCAUUGGUCUCCCAGUUGAUGUUCAUGUUAAAGAUGGUUCUGUUUAUUCUGGAAUCUUCCACACUGCUUCAUUUGAUGCUGGUUUUGGCGUUGUUUUGAAGCAAGCAAGGAUGACCAAGAAGGGAAAGGGCCUCAGCAAUGUUGGAAAUGAAGUCUUAGUAGAUACAUUAGUGGUUCUAGCAGAUGAUCUUGUGCAAGUUGUUGCUAAGGAAGUAGCGCUUACUGUGGAUGCUGUUGGUGGAAAAAUGACUGGUGACUGUGAGGAAGCAGUUACACUUGAGGUUCGUAGUUCUGAGAACCGUCCGGUGGAUGCAGAACAGGUUAAUCAAUCAAGGCAAGCUGGAGAUAACAACUCCAAAGGGAAACCUGAUGACCGCAGGCAGAAGUUGGAAUUUAACAAAAAAAAUGAUGCAAAGAUUCAAAGCCUUCAUUCAGGCCAUGAAAGUGAUACAUGUCUUCGCCGAGUUAAAGCUGAUAAAGCCAGUGAUCAGAGUAGUGAAACUGAAAGGUCUACUUCACCAGAUUCUACUUGUACACAUUCCACCAUAAGUGAAGAUCUCAAGGAGGCGUCAAAUAAUUUUCCAGCAAAAUUUAUUGAAAAAUCUGCUCCGAGGGGUAAAGAUCGUACCAACAAUGCGAAGGAAUUUAAGCUCAACCCAGCUGCCAAAGUUUUCUCCCCGUCUUUUUUAUAUCCUAAUUCAGCAAGUCCUGCUGUGCCAACAGCUGCAAACAUGGUUUACAUGCCAAAUAGCUGUGCAGCUGCAAACAUGGUUUACAUACCAAAUAACUCUCCAGCUGCAAACAUGGUUUAUAUACCAAAUAGCUCUCCAGCUGCAAACAUGGUUUACAUACCAAAUACCUCUCCUCCAGUACCUGUUGCAACUAUUCAGCCAGAAGUUGGAUUCAAUACUUUUGCUUCUCAACCUUCUGUGCCUACUAAGAUUUCACAGAAUGGUAAUUUGACUGUUGGAAAUGCUGGCAGUGGUUCUCAAUUUUCACAACCUCUCCCGUAUGCGGCACAUUACCCUCCAGUUUUAUCUGAACCUGCUUAUUUGCAACCAACAAACUCUCCUGCGGUUAUGGUUGGACGAUCCGCCCAGUUUGUCUAUGUUCAACAAGUUGCCCAAGAUUUGCUUCAUGGUGUAUCGGCUCCAUUCUCAACUCGUCCGCUGUUGAAUCAUGUGCAAUUUCCAAAGCAUCAAGGACCACAUGGUCAACCAAUACCAGUUGUUUUGCCCGCGGCUGUCUUAGCAAGCGCGCAACAACCAUUUGCAAUUCAAAACCACGUUCCAGUUUUGCAACCGGCCUUUACUGCUCCACCUAUAUCUGUCCCAGGACCAAAUGGCUUCUAUGGCAAUAAGUUUUCGUGAAACUUACAUUCAGAUUCUUUUGUUAUACCCCUUUGAGUUAAAGCUCUUUUUUUUUGGAUUAAUUGCUAUAAAUUUUUUGUCAUGUCUCAUUUGUCUCCCUUCUCUCUGUGAGAAGUGUAUAGUACCUUUGUGCUGGCUCAUUCCUAGAAAUUUUAGGGUUAUACUUUUUUAGAAGAAAUUUUUUGUGAGAUGUGAAGGUAAAAGUACCAAGGUUCAAUUCUUGUCUUGGGAAUUGAGGAAAGUUUUUUCUUUUGGGAUUGAAAUAGUAUAUUUGACAAUUAUACUUGAAUGGAUUGGAUAUAAAUUCUAGACUACAAUUUUGAGCA